AUAGGACAGGAAUGACCGGAAACACGUAAGACACAAAAACAACAACACACGGGCCUAUGUCUAACUAGCUACACGAAAUCGAAGUGAAAUUGCAUAGAUCAUCUAACAAUAGCAACAUUUUAUGUUACUUUACUCAACUUUUUAAAGAAACUAAACACUGGUAAGGCAUAGUCCUAUGUUCUACAUACAUAAAGACAGCGUAAGGAGUCAGUAUGUUCAGUUUUUUCGGACAUCGUAAUAAAGACUCUUCAAAGAAGUCAUCGUCAGAGGGGGAUACAGAUGGGUUCGUGAUAAUCGGAGAAACUGUUGAGGAACAGAGGCAGAAGAUCCAAAACAUCAGCAAACCAUCAUGUAACGUCAUUCUGCAACCAUCAAAGUCUUCCAGUGCAACACUUUCCCAGGCCUACCACUCUCCAGCCCCCGCUCCACCUUCCGUGAUCGCCCCAUCACCAGGGCCCAUGUGGAAGCCCCCUGCGCCCAUCGGGGAGGCCCCACCGUCUCUCCCAGAGCUACUAGGAGAUGUCCCAUUCACCCUGGCCCCCCAUGUCCUGGCCAUGCAGACAGGGGGUCCCGGGUUCCUCUUUUCUGAGAUGCUGAUGUCCCCCCGAGACAUCAACCACAACCUGGCCUCCUUCACUUACGACUUCACCCUGGAGAACUCUGUGCUCUGUGACCAUUGACCUGUCUACUUUCUGACUGUAUGACCUCUGACCUUUUUGAUCUGUCAACCUCCUCCAAUACCAACCCUUUGUCAACCCUGGGUCGUGUUCAUUGGGCAGCAAACAGAAGAAAAAGUACUGAAACAGGGCAGAAGAACCUGGGCUUGCCUAAUAAGAAAGGCACAUUUUUGUUUUUAGAGUUUAGCUACAUGUGCUAUACUGAACACAACCUUGGACUGUCUUGUCUCGUUACCAUUCAGGUUUAGUUUCAGUUCCAUGGGGCUCUGUCUGAGAAUGGCAAUACUAUAAUUAAUAAUAAACUUGGUUCUGGUGACGAUCAGCAUUAGGUGGGGUCAAAACUGCUCCUGCCUGCAGUGAUGUAGGUACACACAGUAUGUAGGUAGAUGGGUACACAGAGUUCCACCUUUUUAAGAUUGCAGAUUAGGAAUACUAGUUAAGCAUGUUAAUCACUUGCUGAUGCAUGUCAUAGUAGUGCUGGUUCACUGUUUUAAGUGUGUGUGUGUGUCAGAGCGUUAGCUUCAUGUCUGAUGAUAGGAAUGCUUGAACAUAGCUGAGACUUGCGUUGAAGAACAGAGUCAGGGUCUAGAUUCACCUGCUGCUGUUGUUGGUUUAGGAAUCACUGAUUGACCUUUUGGGUUUGCACUAAUGUACGUACCAGACAGAUUUCAAAUGGAAUCUUAGGAAGGAAAUGACUUCUUUAUCUGGUUACGGUUUUUACCCUGGUGUCCUCACCUUUGCCAAUGACGUUAAGAAUACUUUAACAAGACAUUUCCAAAAAUUUUUUGUAGCAUAAGCAUUUCUACAAUGGAACUUUGUAGCUUUUUGAUAAUGUAUUUAAAAUGUAAGAAUAUAUAUACCCCCUAAUUUACAACAGUUAUUUUCAGGAGAGUGGCCUUCUCUUUUGGUCAUCUUCAGCAUGGUGUCAUCAUGUGUUGUAACCUCCCAAACAUUGUAUUUGUUAUUUAUUCUGAACCAGGUUUCCUCUAGUUCUCAUGGCACAGUUCAGAUUUGACAGUGUUUCAAGGUAUCCUGUAAUAUACAGUGCCUUCGGAAAGCAUUCAGCCGUCCUUGAUUUUUUCCCCACAUUUUGUUAUUUUACAGCCUUAUUCUAAAAUGGAUUAAAUAAAACAUUUUUUUCUCA